AUGACUUCCUUGAACGAUCCGUUAUAUCUUCACAAGAAUGGAGUGAAGACCGACUACUUAAUCCAGAGAAAAGUCGAAACGAUGAAGAAGAACCUUGAGAAAGGUAACCAGUACUACCCCACCGACACCACUGGGGUCAUCGAUGAGUGGGCUGCCUUAGCAAUGCAACAGGAUAAUUACUGGAAUCAGAGAGCUGAGCAGGAGAAAGCUGAGAAAUAAACUCAGGCAACAACAGUACGCCCAUGAUCUUGACUGGCAGAGAAGACUCAAAGAGCAAUCCCCUGAAGACAAAGAGAAGGCAAGAAUAGAACUUGAGAAUAGGAUCAAGAGAGUCCAGGAUCUUGAAAACCAGGCUAAUAAGGACAAGUACGAUGAACUCAAGAAAAAUAAGGAUGAAAUGCUCAAAUGGGCUAAAUAUGCCAAACAGAAAAAGGAUCAUGAUAGAGAGAGGGAAAGACAAGAAUAUAUCGAAAAUAUGAAUCUUGAAGCUCAAAGACAAAAGAACAAGCAAGAUGCCUUGGCUGAAUACUAUCGUCAGCUCGAUGCUCAGAUGAAAGGGAACUAUGAAGCCCAUCAGAAGAUGGCAUACCUUCCUCAACAGGAGAAAUUGGCUAAGUUGAAUGGAAUCGAAGAUAAAAAUCAAAGAGAUUUCUUUAAAAGACAGGCUCAAGGUGAUGAUGCCUCCAACUUAAAUCGGUUGAAAAACAAUCAGAUACUCAUUGCUGAGAAUGAUAAAAUGCUCAAGAAGAAGAAGUUUGACGAAGAGCUGGAAAGAAUGAAGAGGGCUGAAGAUGAGCUCAAUGCAAAGGGACAAAAUACUGCUUUCCAAAUUGGUAAAGAACUAGAUCUCGAAGAAGAGAAAGAGCGUAAAAAUAUAUACAAGCAAACUCUUCUAUACCAGCAGGCAAUGAACGAACAUAAUAAGCAUAAUUUCGGAAAAAUGACAUUUGCUGAGAAAAGAUUGAAUAAGCAUGACUUGAAGGCUUAUAGAGAGAAGAAACCAAUGAUAUAUUCACUAGCUCCAGGUGUAAACACUAUUCAAUCUGUGGGAGCAACUGCUUAUCCUAAGGGAAAAGGAGUUUCUGCCAUUGAAGGACAAGGUCCGUUAACUGCAAGGUAUAGUAUGACUCAUUCCAAUGAGUUAGCCAGACCACAAGCAAAUUCUACAUACAAAGGUCUAACCUCUCAUCAAAGCAUGGUACAGUUCCCUGAUGGAGCUUCAAUCCAGGAUUCUAGAGCUGCUUUUAACAGAUCAAACAGAAGAAAUUCGGUUCUCAGAGCUUCUGCUCAAAAUAGUCUGCAAUUAUAAUCAGGUUUUCAAUAAAUAGUUA